GCCCUUAUAGCAGCGUCGGCAGCGGAUCCCCGUGCGGCGCGGCCGCCAUGGACCUGCACAUCCUGGAGCACCGGGUGCGGGUGCUGAGCCUGGCCCGCCGCGGGCUCUGGCUCUACACACACCCGCUGCUCAAGCUGCUCUUCCUGCCCCAGCGCUGCCGAUGCAAGUUCUUCAGCCUGACGGAGACCCCCGAGGACUACACGGUCAUGCUGGACGAGGAGGGCUUCAAAGAGCUGCCGCCCUCCGAGUUCAUGCAGGUGGCAGAUUCCACAUGGCUGGUGCUCAGUGUUGUCUCCAACGGGCGGGAACCCCCCGGCUGCCAGGCCACCGGUGUCACCAAGAUCGCGCGCUCGGUCAUCGCGCCGCUGGCCGAGCACCACGUCUCGGUGCUGAUGCUCUCCACGUACCAGACUGACUUCAUCCUGGUGCGGGAGCCGGACCUGCCGGUGGUGAUCCACACGCUGGCGGGGGAGUUCGACAUCUACAGGGAGGAGAGCGGCGAGUGUGUCCCUGUCACCUGCGAGGACGUGAGCAAUGGCUUCCUCAAACCCAAGCCAGCCACCAGCCCCACUCUGCACCCGGUGCAGAGCCCCCAGACCCGCUUCUGUGUCCUGACGGUGGCCCCCGACACGCUGCCCGCCAUCGCCACCAUGCUCAUCGACGUCCUCUUCUACUCCCACAGCCCCCCACGGGAGGCAGGUGCCGGCAGCCAGGACCUCGACUCCAUCACCUUCUUCUCCUUCUCCCUCAUCGAGGGCUACAUCUCCAUCGUGAUGGAUGCUGAGACCCAGAAGCGGUUCCCCAGUGACCUGCUGCUGACCAGCUCCACGGGGGAGCUGUGGCGGAUGGUGCGGAUCGGGGGGCAGCCCCUCGGCUUCGAUGAGUGUGGCAUCGUGGCACAGAUUGCAGAGCCGUUGGCAGCUGCCGACAUCUCGGCCUAUUACAUCAGCACCUUCAACUUCGACCACGCCCUGGUCCCCGAGGAGGGCAUCGCCGAGGUCAUCCAGCUGCUGCAGCAGCGGCAGGACAGCGGCAGAUAACAGCUGUCCCCAGGCCGAGUGGCCCAGUGCGGUGGCACGGGAGGGGAGGGGGGUCCUCCCUCCUCCCCACCCCCUGCCACACCCAUAUUUGUUAUUUUUCAAUUUUAAGGCUCCCCCGGUGCAGGGCAGAGUCAGGUGCAGUGUCACUCCCUGCGUGCUGGGGAUGUGGUGGCUUUGGGGACGUGGUGGCCUUGUGGCAGUGGGACAGUGUCCUGCAGGAGUGGGGUUAGUCCCCACGUGCCAUCCUCUGCCUCCAACCCUGCCUGUGUGGGGUGGGGGGGGCUCAGGGGGAGAGUGGUUGUCCCCAGGGUCCUGCUGGUGGAGGGGACACAAGAGGGCAGUGAUGUGCCACCGCAGUGCUGAAGGGGACAGCCUGGGGCUGUGGGGACGUGUCCCCGUGCCCUGUGUGUCCCAAGUGGAUGGGUGCCUCUGGACCAGCCCCGUGGAGGGGUGAAGGCAUCACAGCUCUGGGGAUGCCCCUGGCACCCCAAAAAUCUCCAAGGUGGCAGAGGGGGGGCUGUGGUUCACCCCCAGCCCUGGAUGUCACCUGUCAUGAAGGGGUGACAGUGACCCCUCCAGCUCCUCCCAAGUUGUAUUUUCACAUAGUUUUUCAUAAGUCAAUAAAAUUUCUAUUAUUUUUA